GCAGAGCUCCAAGCGCACGGCGUGGUCCGCCGUGAGAUCCCCGGGCUUUCCAGCCGACGCUGGCCACCGGCGCGGCCCUGAGCGAGGAUGGCGAGGCUGGUGUUCAGGAGGUCCUUCUGUCAUCUGUCUACCUACAGACUGAUUUGGUUCUUGGCAGCAAUGAUGCUAUGCAGGGCACAAGUCGUGACCCAAGAUGAAAGAGAGCUGCUGAACACACCUGCUUCCUUAAGAUGCUCCCUGCAAACUUCCCAGGAAGUCUUGAUUGUGACAUGGCAGAAAAUCAAGGCUGUGAGUCCAGAAAACAUGGUCACCUUCAGCAAGAACCAUGGGGUUGUGGUCCAGCCUGCCUAUAAGGACAAGAUAAACAUCACUCAGCUAGGACUCCAGAACUCAACCAUUACCUUCUGGAAUACCACCCUGGAGGAUGAGGGGUGUUACAAUUGCCUCUUUAAUACCUUUGGUUCCGGGAAGAUCUCAGGAGUAGCCUGCCUCACCCUCUCUGUACAGCCCACAGUAUUCCUUCACUAUAAAUUCUUUGAAGACCACCUAAAUAUCACUUGCUCUGCCAAUGCCCGCCCAGCCCCUGAGAUCUUCUGGAAGAUCUCUGGGUCAGAGAUCGAGAACAGUACUGAGAUUCUCUCACACCCCAAUGGGACCACGUCUGUCACCAGCGUCCUCCAGGUCAAAGACCCCAAGAGUCAGGUGGGGAAGGAGGUGAUCUGCCAUGUGCGGCACCUGGGAAAUGUGACCAGCUUCAGGCAAACUGUGAACAAAGGUUUUUGGUUUUCCGUUCCACUGUUGUUAAGUAUCAUUUCCCUGGUAAUUCUACUGGUUUUAAUCUCAAUUUUAUUAUACUGGAAACGUCAUCGGAACCAAGACCGAGAGCCCUAGAGGAGUCACAUAGAACCCUGAAACUUAUUUCCUGAUCUACUUGAAUCUGAGGAGGAGGAAAGCAGUAGAAAAAGGGUCAUUCUCCAAGGGGCCAAAAAGAGCAAAAGAGGUGGGAGUAAAAAGCCCUAAGAAUUUCAAGACUUUCUACUGUUAUGUAAGCUACCCAGUGCUUGUGUGAAUUCCAGGAAGAAAUCAUUUUACCUCUCAAGUCUGUUGUAGGACUUGGUUUUGUGAAGCAAUGCAGUGUUGUGCUGUGGAAAGAAUACUGGACGUAGACUCGGGAGCCACAGCUCAGAGGCUGACUUUGGCUCUGAAUGGUGGCAACCCUAUGUUAAUUAUUUUAUCUCAAUGAACUUCCAUGUCUGCAUCCUGAAAAUUAAGGAGUUGGACCGAAUAAUUUGCCAUUCUGCUCUAAAAACUGAUGUAAUUCCAGGGGAAAAAAAGAAUAAACAAGGGAAAAGAAGUGAAAAAGAGAGAGAAGAAAGAAUACGGAAAGGUUAAGGACCAAAGAACAGUUCUGAGACAACCUUUCACCUUUUUGUUGCUGUUCAUCUCUUCUUCCUUUGUUGUUCUAGCCCCUUGAGUCUGUUUUCUCAUCAUUUGGUAUCUGGUCCACGACCUGCUCCCUGCUUUGCUAACAGUUGGUCUUUCUAGAAUCCUGGUUUCACUGCUAUUCUUCAUGUUACUUCUGUGACAUUUACCACAAUGAAAAGGGGACUGAAUUUAUUGUGGAAUAACAUUGGCAACCUUAAUUUUACUUACCUGUUUUAUAGCAGGAUAUUGUUAGUCUUAGAUGACAGCUCACAUUUUUAAAAAAGCAUGCAUUUCCUGUCCAUUUGUCCCGUAAUAUGACCCAGCCCUGUUUUAGUCAUUCUGAAUUCAGCCUAAUAUAAUAAAAGUAUAUUAUAAAAACAGGUAUUUAGGAGAUUCCUGAAAAGUAGUCACCCAAUUCAAAUGGUUUGUCUCCUCUGGCUUCUUUUCCCAUGAAUUAACUUCUCACAAUAGCAGAGGAAGCAUGAAUGGAUAUAAAAAUCCCUUUGUUCUAAAUAUAUUGUUCUAACUCGUGGAACAAUUUUGAACUCUUACAUAAUCUUAAGACCCAAUUAGUGACUUUUUCAGGAUCUUUGGCUUUCUUGUUUUUAUCCUAGGAACUAAAACUUAGGUUGUGUUCACUGUUGAAUUGCAUAUUUAUAUAUUUAGUAAGCUUUUCAUGUGUUAUUUAAUUUUGUGGUACUUCUUAUAUUUGUA